AUGCCAAAGGUCAACAGCUAUGCGCCAGCCUGGCUGUGCCGGCCCUCGCCUGGUGCAAGCUUCUUGACCAGCAAGUCCUCUCAGAGCCCAGCGGAGGACAUCAACAAGACAUCGAAAUCAUCGAAACCCUCUAGCAACGGACCUAACCGGACAAUUGCUAGAAGAGGAAAUGAGGUGUUCGCUGUAGUUGAUAAUGAGAUCCGGUGGUCAAACCUUGCGCGCCUCAAAGAUCAAUGGCAACAACAAACCAAGCAGAAGAAGGGAUCUGCUGAGGUCGGAAAUGCCACGGAUGCAAAGCUACCAUCCUACAGGGUUUUGGCAGUCCCUGUAUAUGGAUUGAUCAAGCAAAUCAUUCCCUCCCCAAACGGAGCCUUCCUUGCAAUUAUCACUGAACAUACCGUUCACAUCUCUGUCCUCCCCGACUCUUCGCACCUAUCGUCCUCCGACUCUACACCCCUUCGACUGAAAACAUACCAGUUAGGCCCGACGACCCAUGUUAUUCCCGAGGCGCCGGUCGUGUCCGCGCUAUGGCAUCCCUUAGGUUUGCACAGCAACCUCAGCGGUUGCAUUGUAACCAUCACCGCUGACGCCGCUGUGCGCGUGUGGGAAUUGGACCGCAAUAAUCACUGGUCCUUUGACCAACCAACUCUAGCAAUCGAUUUGAAAAAGCUUGUCGAUGGAACCUCGUCUGAUCAAGACUUUGCGCCUUCCGGAUUCGGUAAGAACAAAGGAUUUUCAGCUGAUCUCAUUGACAUGGAGGUCGCCUCGGCCUGUUUCGCGGGCAGCGGAGAAGAAAAAGAGGAUGCAUGGGCACCUAUGACUCUGUGGGUGGCCAUGAGACCCGGCGAUCUCUAUGCGCUGUGUCCUCUUCUGCCUUCCAAGUGGCAGGCUCCUUCAACGACCAUCCCUUCCCUCUCUUCCGCGAUUGUUCCGAAGUUAGCUGCACUGGAGCAAAAUCCGGAGGAAUUCGACGAGGAAUUGACUGCUUGUCGACAACAGUACGAUUGGCUCAGCGAGAUCGAUGACCAAGAGCCUUUAGGUCUGCCUGCUGGAGCUGAAACCCUCCAAGGCGCGGAAAUUUUCACUCGCCCCGCCAAUCCCAGUGCUAUUCCCAGAUUGCAAGGGCCUUUCCGAUUCGAUACAGGUGAUGAGCUGGACGACCUAGACCUUUGUGAUCUUCUUGUCAUUGCUGCUAGACUGAAUGUUGAUGAUCUCAUGAUGGGCGAAGAGGAAGAACUGGCAGUUGACAUUAGUGAACAGGAUAAGCUCUCGGCCACUGUUAUCUCUCUGUCUAGUGGAAAUGGCCGAGUCCACGUAUGUCUGGAGCUUGAUGGUGUCGAGGGUCAGUGGCUGCCCAAGGCCCAAAAGAACGCCUUCCGUACACCUCUUUCAGAGCCAUCUGAUCUUGUCCUGGUCGAAUCCCUGGAUACUGUUAAGACGGGAGAAGCGACUACAUGGCCCACUUUUACAAAGGAUAUUCACUCUCGGUACUCCUUUUUUGUCACGACUGCAACCAAUGUAGUUUCUCUAUCUUUGACCGCAUGGACGCAGAGACUGGAAGCCGAAUUACAGGCGGAAGAUUCUGCAGGUUCUGCUUUCCGUCUGCAGGUUCUUUGCGAUGGAAAUAUCUGCCAGAGAGAAAAGAUCUUGCAAGUCUCAGAAGCCGACAUCACUUCGAAAAAUGAACACCUCGCCGCGUCUCUUGUCUUUUAUGACUUUGAUCUUGGCUACCUGCUUCUCACUUCGCUUCCAUCGAACCCAUAUGCGGCAGUAAUGGAUUCGCCAGAAGAUGCCAUCGCCGCGGCAUUUGAAAGCCGGCUUUAUGAGAAGAAGGCACCAACGGCAAGCUCCGCAGCUAUGACCCCUCGCCGCGCUCCAUAUCAAGUUCCCGCCAUUUUCUAUUCUGAUUGCCCGCUGGAUUCGUUCGUUGAAAAGCACGUCCCGCACCGCCAGCGCCAUACACUCAAGGAGCAAGUACGCCUGUCUCCUGCAACAUUGGACCUUGUGGCUACUGCUCACCGUGUUCUAUCCGCCCAUACAAAUGCCCUCGAGAGGGCUGCCUCGGAUCUUUUCCGCCGAUGCGAACGCCUACAAGGUGAGAUGCAGGAUCAAUUGAAGCAAAUUUCGGAUGUUGCAGAGCGGGUCAAGGGUGUGACGAGCGAGAUUGGCGAAGAUGGACACCGCACAGAGGGCGUCCGAACUGGUGAAGCCCUCGACAAGAGAUUGCAAUCCGCCAAGGACAAACAGGAUGAAUUGCAGCGCCGAUAUGAAGCAUUGCGCAAGAAGGUUUUGAACUCUGGGGGCCGUCCCCUGAGUGAAAGGGAGAAGGCCUGGGUUACCGAGGUCAAAGCUUUAUCUGGUUCCUUGCAGCCUAGUCAGACUGAAGACCAGGAUGAUGAUCAAAAUCUGGUCCCACGCUUGGAAACUGUCAAACGCCUUGCUCAGGACCUCAUUGUCCAAACCAAGACUAUUGCUGCCAAGUCGCCAUCUCCUGCCGAGCCUGGAAGUCCAAGCUCUCCAGGUGGAGCUCACCCCAAGGUCCCGCAACGCCUGCAACGUGCCAAGGUUGCGGAUGCUAUGAGAAUGGUUGAACGAGAGUCUGCUGUUAUUGAUGCGAUUACCGCACGCUUGGAACGACUCAACACAAGUCUCUGA